AUGGCCAAGGUGGAAUUGAUUAAAGAUCCCCAAGUGUAUUUCGACUAUCUAUCGUCGGAUGAAAUCAAUGUACUCGACGUGAGAUUCGUAAGCGACGAAAUGGUCGAGCUUCGUUACGAGUACAACGAGAAUUUCGUUGAACCCAACGCCAAAACGAACGUAGUCAUCGCCGCCUUUACCACCGCCUAUGCCCGUCUCAAACUCUAUGGGGUGUUGGAUCAACUUCAAGAGCGAGUGUUAUAUUACGACACGGACUCGGUGAUAUUUGUUAGCAAACCCGACGAACCGGAACCUCCGCUAGGUCCUUACCUAGGCCAAUUGACCAACGUAUUGAAAGAAGGACAUAUUACAACCUUCAUUUCGGGCGGACCGAAGAAUUACUGUUACAAGACUAGUACCAACAAGGUCGAGACGAAGAUACGAGGGAUUACCUUGAAUUGUACCGCCAUGCAAAAAGUGAAUUUUGAUGUCAUUCGUUCGCUCGCGUAUCUUCUUGAUGUCAUUCGUUCGCUCGUGUGUCUUCAUGCCAAAUGUAAUGUUACGGGGCAAGUUACCGUGGAUAUACCGUUAAAGAUAACUCGGAACACGAGGACCAAAAACAUUGAAACCAAACGCAUGAGAAAAGACUACAGAAUAGUUUAUGAUAAACGUUUGCUUUAUUGUAGAUGA